UUAUAGGUGAAAUGUUAUAUGUUAUGUACCUACACUUAGAAGGCUCUGUAAUGUGACACACCUUGAAAUUCUUAGGACCCUCCACAAGAAUGGAGAACAAAGAUGAGGACAUUGCUGUGAUUGGUGUUGGAUGUGAUUUUCCAGGAGGUGAGGGCCUUGACAACUUCUGGAAGGUUCUAGUGGAAGGUAGGAAUUGUGCAGUAGAGAUUCCAGAUGAGAGAUUUGACUGCUCCCAGUGGUAUGAUCCAGAUGAGAACAAACCUGGGAAGACACAGACUAACAGGGCUGCUCUCAUAAAUGGGUUGAAUGAAUUUGACCAGCGAUUCUUUGGCAUCACGGAUGCUGAGGCUGACCAGAUGGAUCCUCAACACAAGUUGCUGCUGCAGUGUUCCUACAGAGCACUGGAGGAUGCUGGGAUUCCCAUGGAAAAGGCCAGUGGCACCAGGACUGGAGUUUUCAUAGGAUUGAUGAACAAAGACUUUGAGCUCAACAGAGUAAAUCACCAUCAUAAUGAAAUCAGUCAUUGGACUGGAACUGGUCUGGCCACAAGCAUAGCAUCCAAUCGUAUCUCCUACACCUUCAACCUCACGGGACCGUCCCUCACACUUGACACUGCCUGUUCCUCAUCCCUUGUGGCCCUUCACCUUGCAUGUCAAAGCAUUAGACAAGGUGAUUGUGAUAUGGCUGUGUGUGGAGGAGUAAGCUGUAUCAUAGAACCAAGAGUUUUUUUGUCUCUCAGCAAAGCCAAGAUGAUCUCACCUGAUGGCACUAGCAAGCCUUUUUCCAGCAGAGCAGAUGGCUAUGGCAGGGGGGAAGGUUGUGGAAUUGUUCUUCUGAAGCCUUUCAAAAAGGCCCUUCAGGACUCUGAUCAUAUCUGGGGUAUUAUCAGCAAAACUGCAGUCAAUCAGGAUGGUCACACUGCUUCUCCGAUGACCAAGCCAUCCAUGAUUCAGCAGAAGGAGCUUCUGAGUAAAAUCUACUCUACAGAGAGUGACCUGACCAGUGUCCAGUACAUAGAGGCUCAUGGGACUGGAACACCAGUAGGUGACCCCAUAGAGGCAGGUAGCAUCUCAAAGGUCAUUGCCAAAGCCAGACCACCAGGGUCAGAGACUCUCAUUAUAGGUUCUGUUAAAGGUAACAUUGGACACACUGAAUCAGCUGCAGGUGUAGCAGGACUGAUAAAGGUUCUACUAAUGAUGAAACAUGAGACAAUUGUGCCCUCAGUUUUCUACUCAGAUGACAGUGCUAGUAUAGAUGCAAAUGCUCUCAAUGUCAGAAUACCCACUAAGGUAGAGAACUGGCCAAGCUCUAACCCAGCUGGAAGGGUGGCAGGAAUAAAUAACUUUGGUUUUGGUGGCACAAAUGCCCAUACAGUUAUCAAGCAGUACAAAAACUCACAAGUUGCAGUAGAUGAAGAUAGGACAUUUCAGAGUCAGCAGUAUUUUGUGCUCUCUGCAGCUUCUGAAAUUUCACUUACAAUGAUGAUCGCGGAUAUGAUUGAUGAGAUCAAAAAGGAAAGUACUGAGAGCUUUCAAAAUCUUGCAUAUACAUCGGCAUGCAGGAGAAGUCAUUCAAAACACAAAUAUAGGAAAGCUUUUCUUGCAUCAUCAUUGGCAAAUCUGAAAGAGCAGUUCCUGUCUGUUCUGACCAAACAUAUGAAGCCAUCCAAGCUAGAUGCCACUUUGGUGUUUGUGUUCUGUGGUAAUGGUGUUACCUACAGAGGCAUGUGCAAACAGCUUAUCAAGCAAGAGCCUAUUUUUAGACAAAAAGUAAAAGAAAUAGAGACUCUUUUACAAAGCUACAGAGAUAUUACCAUUGUCGACAAGCUGGAAAAUGAUACUGAUGAAGGCAAUGAUUUCUCAAGACCAGACAUGGUUCAGCCACUCCUCUUUGCAAUUCAGGUUGCCAUUUUCUGUCUUUUCCACCACUGGGGUGUAAAACCAGAUGCUGUUCUUGGGCAUUCUGUAGGAGAGGUUGCAGCAGCUCAUUGUUCUGGUUUGUUGUCUCUUGAGGAUGCUGUCAAGGUCAUCCAUUACCGUAGUGCACUGCAGAACAAGGUCACUAGCGGGAAGAUGCUGGUUGUUGGGAAUAUGGGUGUCUCAGAGGUCUUAAAACUCUUACCUCCAUACUCAGGGAGGGUUUGUUUGGCUGCUUUCAAUAGCCCGCAGUCUUGUACACUGUCAGGCAAUGGAGAUGCUAUAGACAAACUACAACAGACCCUGGGCAGUUUGGAAGGUAGUGAUGCCCUUUUUCUUCGUGCCUUGGAUGUUUCUACUGCAUAUCACAGUCAUCAUAUGAACCAAAUACUUUCAGAGGUGGAAGACGCCAUACAUCUUCUACCAAAAGAUAGAAAGACAGAGUUGUACUCAACUGUUUCAGGUGCUGCUGUUUCAGAUGGGGAUUUUUGCACUGGUAAAUACUGGGCUCGGAACAUACGUGAGCCUGUAUUAUUUGAAUCAGCGGUGAGGGCAGCAGCUAAAGGCAAGAAGAAUGUGGUCUUUGUGGAGAUAGGACCCAAGCGAGCUUUGCAGAGGAACAUCAUCGAGACGCUGGGUACUGAUGUCACAGUGUUGUCUUCUGUCCAACCAGUCCGAGAUCAUGAGACAAUGCUACAGGCAGUAGGAAACUUGUUUGAGAGAGGGUUUGAUGUAGACUGGAACACAUUUUACAGAGGAUGUGAGACCCCACCAACAAAUCUGCCAAGGUAUCACUUUGAUGUGGUUAAAAAACCUAUUACUUUGGAGGCCAAAGCAAGUGGCAGUACAAGUAAUCAUCCAGUUCUCAUCAAGACAGCAAAACAUGGUGCAGACUUUUGCUGUGAUCUGUCUUCAGACUCAGUGUCUUAUCUACAAGACCAUAAACAUAAUGGGUUGGCCAUUAUCCCUGGUUCAUUUUAUGUUGACCUCGGCUUAUCAUCUUUCAUGGCAAGUGCAAAACCCAGGGUACCGUUGAAUACUCUGGAGCUCAGUAUCAGGUUUCAGAGCCCCUAUUUGGUCAACAAGAACCCAUCAGAAAUGAAAGUAAAACUUGAACCAUGUGAAGAUGGCACCAAGUUUAAAGUUUAUUCUGACACAGCAACCUUUGCAACUGGAGAUAUAUCAUGCAGAAAAGGCAGGGUGGCUGGAGAGCCCUACAUAUCUCUAGAACACGUCUAUGAAAGAUGUACACUUGUGCAGAGCUCUGAUGAAGGAUAUAGGAAACUCCGUCUUGGUGGGUACCAGCAUAGCUCUGUUUUCCGAAAUGAAGGAUACAGCCACUAUGGAGAGGAAUUGAGAGAAGUCGUCACAGUUGUAACUAUCCCUGAACAGCUCCACUCUCAGUUGCAUGACUACUGCAUUCACCCAGUAGUUUUAGACUAUUUUAUGCAACUUCUACCUGUUGCAGUUGGUCCUAGAUAUAUAGCAAGACCUGGAUUUCCAGGAAGCAUUGGCAGUCUGACCAUUUUUGAACCUCUGCAAGAUGAAAUGGUAAUUUAUAUUCGGGCAACAGAGCUUGGAGUUAACCAUUUUGAAAUAUGCGGUUGGUUCACAGACAAACAAGGUAAGGUCUUAGUUGAGAUCAAGCAAGUGGUGGUCAAAUAUCUUGGAAGCCCCUCUGACAUUGUUGAGCAAUAUUUUUACCACAAUAACUUUACUGAAAUUGUUGAGGAACCAAAAUCAGUUGAGGCAAAAAUGACCUUGGUGUUUGCGGAUGAUUUGGGAAUUGCCCAUUCCCUGCAGUCCCAUUUGAGCUGUAAAUUUGUAUAUGUGCCAUUUGUUUAUGGCACGGAAGUGCUGAACAAUGGGUUGCAGGCACUGAUGCAGAAGUUGAGUCUCUCAGAUAAUAUGGAUGACUUUGAGGACAUUUUGUUUAUGUGGGAUGUCACAAAUAUUACCACGUACUCAGUGGAUGCAGUGGUGGAGAGUGGAGUUACCUGCUGUGAGAUUUUUCGUAAAAUCAUUGUAGACCUGAAAGCAAUGAAUACCAUGAAAUCCAUUAGGACAGUGACUCAUGGAUGUGCAGACAGCACAAUCGAUCACGUCAGUCUUGGAUUUGUGCUCUCAGGAAUGACGAGAGCAUGUGCUGCUGAGGUACCAGAUCUCUUGUUUCAGCUAAUUGACAUCAGCUCAGUCUCAUCUGAGAAUAUCAAAGCUCUGGCUCGGGUCUUAAGAUCAUAUCCCUGCAGCAAAUAUCCAGAGCUGUGUAUAAAAGAUGGUCUGGUUUAUGCACCAAAUAUAGUCCACACACACCCUGCAAUUAGUAUGGACCAUCAAGAGGGAAGGGUGCAACGUCUGGAAUCACAGAAUUUCUGUUUAAAGACUGCUGACCCUUAUAAAAUUAUGCAUUUGAAAGCCAGUCUUACUGAUGAUAAGGUCAAUGAGAUUCCAGAGGGACAUGUGGAGGUCCAGCUCAACAAAAUCUGUGUGCAUUCCGCAGAUUACUUUCCAGUGAGCACAUCUGCCCUCAAAUUUGGUGAGACAGUGUACUGGAAUAAAUAUACUAAGCAAGACCACACACUUCUAGCUCUUGACUUUAGUGGCACUAUCACAGCAGUGGGCCAUGGCGUGACCAGACUUAAAGUGGGUGACAUCAUCACAUCCUGUUGUCCUGUGGCAGCUACCUCCAAGGUUGUUUUCUCGGAAAAACUGUGCUACUCAACCAAUGAGGUGUCAUUUUUGAAGGAUAUUCCAUGUAUGUCCUAUUUUGCAAUUGCAUGGAACAUAUUACAUUGUACAUUACCUAAAAAGGAGGGGGAGGGGAGGCUUGGCAUUCUCUCAACUGUUACAGAUUCAAGCUUGAGUAAAGUCCUUGUCCAGACUGGUAACAAAUCAGGAUGGAAUUGCACAAUAGUUACAGAAAUCAAUGGUUGUGGUGCUGAGAUGAAAUUUGAUGCCUGUGUUUUGUUACCUCCAUUUGAUAAAUCAUUGUUGCAGAGUGCUUUCAGAGCUCCUGGUGUGAGACACGUUGUGAUUCUUUGUGACAGCCAGGCUUUAUUUUUUCUCUCUGAGUGUAUUCUUAGAGCUGGUUAUGACAGCAUUUACAUCCACAUACUUCACUUGCCUCAAAUUCUGGUGAAGGGACAACUCACAGAACAUUGUAGUCACAUUGAGAAUUGGCUUAAGGCUUUACACAUUGACAGACAUUUAUUGAAUCUCUCAAGCAUUUGCUUUGAAAGUGUGACCCCUGACAGUAAUGGCAAUCGACAUGCACAAGAAGGUGAAUCCUAUUUCAGCACCAGGACCAUAUCUGUGGUGAAGCUGAAUAAAGAGGGUGAUGACAAGUGUAAACUUACCGAGAUUCCACUGCUACCAAAAGAGUACAGGCUCUUCAACAAAAACUAUGUGUACAUUGUAACUGGUGGUCUCACUGGGCUGGGGUUUGAAACAGUGAAGUUCAUUGCUGAGAGAGGCGGAGGGUACAUUGUCAUUCUCUCCAGGAGGAGCCCCAGCUCUGAGAUGCAACAGGAGAUUGAUGCUGUGAAGCAGCAGUGUGGGGCUUCUAUUGAAGCUUUGCAGUGUGAUGUCUCUGUAACAGAAGAAGUAGAAGAGAUUAUGGGUAUCAUUAGACAGAAUUUUCCUUUCAGACCUAUUAAAGGGGUCUUUCACAGUGCUGUUGUACUUCAUGACGGCAUCCUUGAAUAUCUCAACAGGUCUCUUUAUGAAAAAGUCAUGAAGCCAAAAAUGAACGGAGUACUAAAUUUGCACCAUGCCACCAAACACUGCAACCUAGACUAUUUUGUUUGCUAUUCCUCAGUUGCUUCUUUCAUUGGGAGUCCUUCUCAGUCUAACUAUGCUGCAGCCAACUCAUUCCUGGACAAAUUCUGUCAUUACCGAAGGCGUCUUGGGCUUGCUGCACAGUCCAUCAACUGGGGUGCCCUAAACCUUGGACUGUUGCUAAAUAAAGAUCAUCUGCAGAAAAUCUUAGAGACAAGAGGAAUAAUGCUCCUGGAGUUGAAUGAAAUACAGCAAAGCCUUCAGGAUUGCCUCUUACUGAACAAACCACAGCAGCUUAUUUGUAAGUUUAAUUUCAAAAAUAUUGGAAGUCAUUUUUAUUCACAAAAUGCAUCUCUAGGGUUGCGUUUAGCCCCACUGGUGAAGGAGAAACUUAGGAACAGUAAGGGACCAGACACAGUUUUUGAGCAUGCCCAUCAGUCCCCAAGCGAAUAUGUCAGGACUGUUUUGUCCGAGACACUUGAUGUUAAACCUGAGGAGAUAUCUGAGGACACACUCCUCUCAGCUCUAGGCAUUGAUUCUAUGCUGGCCAUGACUCUUCAGAAUCUAUUCUCCAAGGGUAGAGGUGUGACCAUUCCACUGGUCAAAUUCUUGGACCCAAACAGCACAAUGGGCACUUUGGUGACAAUUCUGAACCAGCUUGCUGACAAAGCUUAAAGUCUUCUUUAUCAAAAUGAUUAUCCUAUUUGAUACACCAUUUAGGAAAUAUGCAGUGGCAAGUUAAGGCGAUCAGUAACAAUUGAAAUAUUUGCAAUGCUUUUGGGACACAUAAUUUAUUUGCAGACCCUCCCUCCCUUCAAAGAGUGAAUGGGGAUGGGGUAUCAAAUACUGUAUAUCACUGACAUAAGUGAAGUGAAGUGACACCCAUGAUAUCAAUAUUGGCAGCAUAAGUGUAGUAAAAUUGGUUAAAGGAGUGAUUUGUAGGAUUGUUACCGAACGUUCUGUAGGCCAAAAUCAAAACACUGGUGAACGUUCUCAAGAC